AUGGCUUGUCCUGGCCUGGCUUUCCGGCCCACGCAGUCCCGAGUUCACCUUGGCCUCUCAGCCCGGAAGUCCCAUGCAGAAGGCCUCUCCCUCUCCCCCACACAGGAUGACUGUUGGGCAUCUCCCUCGCAGCAGGCGAACAUGGAGUGUAGGGUGUUCAUCCAAGAUGGUAUUGGGCUAAUGAGUUCAUUAUUUGAUAGCCGCGUCGCGCGCACCGACGCCGACGCAUCGAAUGUCCGCUGCCGCAUCCAUUGCGCUGCGCGGCCCGCGCCGAAGUGGGGCGGCGCGCCGUCGCACCGCCGGCUCGUGGAGGAGCACCUGGCCUCGCUCCCGCACGGCCUCCCACGCCUCCGCCACGUGCAGGAGCUCCACGCGCUGCUCCUCAAGCAGGGGAUCCACCGGGACCCGCACGCCGCGUCCAAGCUCAUCUCCUCCUACGCGCUCCUCCGCCGGGUCCCCGCCUGCCGCUGCGUCUUCUCCUCCGCCGCGGCGCUCCCGAGCAGCCCGUUCGCCCCCAGCACCGCCUUGCUCACCAACACGCUCCUCCGCGCCUACGCGCUCAACUCCCUUCCCCACGCCGCGCUCGCCGUGUUCGUCGACAUGCCGUUGCGGCAGCGGGACGCGUUCACCUACUCCUUCCUCAUCAAGGCGCUAGCCACUGCGGGCCUCACGCCCGUCCGCGCGGCGCACGCGCACGUCGUCAAGCUCGGGAACGACGGGCUCUCGGACGCGAGGAAGGUGUUCGACGAAAUGACGACACGGGACGUUGUGUCCUGGAACACGGCCAUGGCCGCAAUGGUGCGGCAAGGGGAGGUGGACGCUGCGAGGAGCAUGUUUGACGAGAUGCCCGAGAAGGACACGGUGAGCUGGAACACGAUGCUGGAUGGCUAUGCCAAAGCUGGGGAGGCGGAUGAGGCCUUCGAGCUGUUCCAGCGCAUGCCGGGGAGGAAUGUGGUGUCCUGGUCGACUGUGGUGUCAGCCUACUGUAAGAAGGGCGACAUGGAGAUGGCGCGGAUUAUAUUCGAUAAGAUGCCAGCCAAGAACUUGGUGACAUGGACCAUAAUGGUCUCAGCGUGUGCUCAGAAGGGGCUUGUGGAGGUAGCAGGCAGGUUGUUUACUGAGAUGAAGGAGGCUGCCAUUGAGCUUGACGUAGUUGCAGUUGUGAGUAUCCUGGCUGCAUGUGCUGAGUCUGGCUCCCUUGCCCUUGGGAAGAGGAUUCACCGGCAUGUGCGCCAGAGGAAGCUGGGUAGAUCAACCCUUGUAUGCAAUGCCCUGAAGGACAUGUUCUGCAAGUGUGGAUGUGUUAACCGAGCCGACUACAUCUUCGACACUGAGAUAGUUGAAAAGGAUUCAGUGUCAUGGAACAUUAUAAUUGGAGGGUUUGCAAUGCAUGGGCAUGGUGAAAAGGCGCUGAACCUCUUCGCACAAAUGAAGCAGCAAGGCUUUCACCCUGAUGCUGUGACGCUCAUCAAUGUUCUCAGGGCUUGCACGCACAUGGGGCUUGUGGAAGAAGGACGGAGGUUCUUUGCCAACAUGGAGACAGACUAUGGCAUUAAGCCUGAGAUAGAGCAUUAUGGUUGUAUGGUUGAUCUUCUUGGCCGUGGAGGGCUCAUUAAGGAGGCUGUCGACAUGAUCAAAAGCAUGCCUUGGGAGCCUAAUGAGCCCUCAAAUGCAGGGAACUACGCUGUCUUGUCGAACAUCUAUGCAGAGGCUGGGAAGUGGAGCGAUAUGGCGAAGGCAAGGGUGCAGAUGAAAGGAACAGGGUCUCAGAAAACAGCUGGCUCAAGCUGGAUAGAACUUGAUGAGGCGUUCCACGAGUUCACAGUUGGGGACAGAAAGCACCCAGAGUCCGACCAGAUAUCUGAUAUGAUUGAUAGGCUGAGUUCGCAUGUUAAGUGUGCUGGCUGUGUUCCGGUUGGCCAUGAACUGCUCGUUCACCAUCCAUCAUGUGACCAGUGGAACCGGCUGUGCUUGCUUAUGGUAAGCCUCAACAGUGAUUGUGUAGGAAGAAGAUUUGGUCGGAGCCUUCUUGGCAGGGGAAACAAUAGUUCCAAGAAACUUGUUAGGGAUUUGUAUGUGAUGCUUGAUGAAAUACAUCCUGAGGAAGUUCCUGUUAAUUUGAAGAUUCCAGAAUCUUUUUAUGAAUUAUCUGGGAUAUGA